UCGCCAUUUUGAUUCGAAAAUAUGAGUUUUUCCUGCCUUGCAUGCAAGAGUUGAGCAAACGGUUGGACUUAAAAUUUGACGGUAACGAAUGUAAUAGAGUAUUUCGUUUCUGAUGUAAUACACAAGGUAGCUAUUUAUGUGAGGAAACUGCUUAAAUGUUGAUAAAACGCAUUUCAAAGGCACUGGGCUGACAUAAAGGCACUACUGGUUCAGCCUGACCCAUCAAAACAAAUCACGUUUUGGCUAGCUUAGCAAGCUAGCUACCUUAUAGCCACGGUGACGUUAGGUCCGCUAGUUAAGGUAGCAACAAACAAGUGGAUUGCAAGGUUUCAACUGUUAAGGUUAUGGUGAGUCCUUUUGUGUCUCUGCUACUAAGGAGGCCUGUGUUCUAAGAGGAGACCCAUGCUGAUAAAUGCCAGGCCUCGCCACGCUCUCUGCCGUCUGCACAAACACAAAUGCCUGCCUGUCUGUGGGGGAGGUCAUAUUAAAGAUACCCACGUUUCAUCUACUGGGCUGUGCCCCCUGUCCCAGCGGCCACCAUGUUCUGGAAGUUUGACCUGCACACCAUCUCCCACAUCGACCAGCUGCUGGACCGCGAGGACGUGACGCUGCGGGAGCUGAUGGAGGAGGACGACGUCCUGCAGGAGUGCAAGGCCCAGAACCGCCGCCUGCUCCUCUUCCUCUCCCAGGACCACUGCAUGCAGGAGCUCGUCAACCUCAUCACCACGGAACCCCCCGCCGACCUGGAGGAGAGGAGCCGUUUCAAGUUCUCAAACAUUGCUUGUGAGCUGCUGACGUCAGAUGUGUCCCUCAUCAAUGACAAGCUGGGGGGGGACGAGUCGCUCCUGGAAACACUAUAUCACUUCCUGGAACAGGACCCGCCCCUGAACCCUCUAUUGGCCAGCUUCUUCAGCAAGACCAUCGGCAAUCUCAUCGCCAGGAAGACCGAACAGGUGAUCUCCUUCCUGAGGAAGAAGGACGGCUUCAUCGGCCUGGUGCUGAAGCACAUCGACGCCUCCGCCAUGAUGGACCUGCUGCUUCGGCUCAUCAGCUGCGUGGAGCCCGCCCCCUUGAGGCAGGAGGUCCUCAAUUGGCUGAACGAGGAGAAGCUCAUCCAGAGACUGACGGAGCUCAUCCACACAGGCAAAGACGAGGAGAGACAAUCAAACGCAUCCCAGACGCUUUGUGACAUCAUCCGCCUUAGUCGAGACCAGGCCAAUCAGAUGCAGGAAAACGUGGAGGCCGACCCCUUACUGACUGUGCUGGAGUCGCAGGAGAGCGUGGCAGGUCUUCUGAAGACCAUGUUUGAGGGGGAGAGGAGCGAGGCCUCUAUGGUGAACGGAACUCAAGUGCUACUUACCUUACUGGAGACCAGGAGGGCUGGGUUGGAAGGGCUGAUGGAUCUGUAUUCUCAGGGAUAUGAAAGGUCUUACACUGUCAACAGCAGUAUUUUACAUGCCAUUGAGCCCCACCUAAAGGACUUCCAGCAGCUUCUCCUGAACCCCCCCAAGAAAAGUGCAAUACUGACAACCGUCGGCCUUCUGGAGGAGCCGCUGGGGAACGCCCGCCUUCACGUGGCCCGCCUGGUGGCCGCCCUGCUGCAGACCAGUGCUCCCAGCAUCUGCCAGGAGCUGUGCCAGCUCAGCACCAUGGACCUGCUACUGGAUCUCUUCUUCAAAUACUGCUGGAACAACUUCUUGCACUUCCAAGUGGAGCUGUGCGUGGCGUCCAUCCUGAGCCACGCCGUCCCCGAGGAGCGGCUCAACCCGGGCCUCCAGAACCACGAGGAGAAGCCCUCGGCAGGCGCCGCUACCCAGGAGGAGGAGGGAGGGGAGCCGGACAAGAGCGCCGACCCGGAGACCCCCCUCCACCACGCCCUGGUGGCCCACCUCUUCCAGAAGUGUCGGCUGGUGAUGAGGAUCCUGGACGCCUGGGAGGAGAACGAUAAGAUCCAGGUGGAGGGAGGCACUAGGAGAGGCAACAUGGGUCACCUGACCAGGAUUGCUAACAUGGUGGUACAGAACCUGGAGAAGGGACCGGUCCAGACCCAGAUCAGUGACCUCAUCAAAGAGUUGCCAGAGGACUGCAGGGGACGCUGGGAGAGCUUUGUGGAUGAGACCCUGAGAGAGACCAACAGGAGAAACACAGUGGAGUUGGUGAGCACCCAUAACCUUCAUUCCUCCAGCGAGGAUGACGACAUGGAGAGUCCUUUCCCCAACGACCUGUCGCUCCAGCAGGCGUUCUCAGACUAUCAGAUCCAGCAGAUGACUGCCAACUUCGUAGAUCAGUUUGGGUUCAAUGAUGAGGAAUUCAGUGAGCAUGACGAAAACAUUAACUCCACGUUUGACCGGAAUGCCGAGAUCAACUUCAAUCUAGAUGCUGAUGAUAAUAGUGCCAACGCGGCUGCCUUCGAGGCCUGCUGUAAAGAGAGGAUACGCCAGUUUGACGACGCUGAGGAGGAGGAGGACAUCUGGGAUGACAAGGAGAUCAGCUAUGCAGCUCAAGUCAAAUCCAGAACAAGGUUUGGGGGGUCCCAGACGUCGGAGCGCAGCUCCAGGGGCAGCCUGGAGAACGGGGGCCGGGAGCGGGACCGCGGGUCGGGCUCCGACGAGGACGACGACGACUCCCGACAGAGCCCCCCGGAGGCCCGCGGCGCCGAGGACGGCAAGGACGCACAGAGUACGGCCCCCGCCUCACGUCCAGGCUGGACGGCCAGCUUCGGGGAGUCAGGGGGGGAUCCGUCCUCCCCGGCCCCCGUGGGGUGGGACUCCCCAGGUGGGGUCGAGGGAGACAAGCAGGAGACGGGCUGGGCCAACUUCACCGAGUUCCAGCCUUUCAGCAGCUCCGAGAUGGGCCGUAGGUGCAGCUCUCCCACGGAGACGGGCAGCAGCGACGCCGACAAACAAGCCAAACAGAGCCCCAAAAACAGCCCCAAGCACAGCCCCAACAAGAGCGCGGCGGCAAACCCUUCUUCCUGUGACUGGCCGGUGGACCAGGGGAAGAAGGCGCCCCUGGUGGGCUCAGACGGCAGCUCCUCUGGGGGCUCGGACAGCGAAGAGGAUGACAAGGCAGCCGCCGCAGCAGCCGCAGCCGCCGCAUCCCAGAGCGCCAGCCCCGGCGCCAACAAGACAGCCGACCUCAAAAGUGAGGAGAUCUCAGUGUCUCUGGAGAAGCUCUCCCUCACAGCCUCGCCCCCACCCUCGCCCCCUCCCCCAGCGGCCGUGGAGCAGAGUCCAGCAGCAGGCGCGCCCCCCAGCCCCGCCACACAGACUGAUAGGAAAGGUGACACGCCACAGCCCCCUGAGGUGUCAGUGAAUGGGCCCGUCUGACGCAAGUGAGAGACAGAGGCCCAGCCUGGAUGGAUGCCACAGACUCUGUGCCACUUCCAGAGUGACCCCCUUCCUCCCUCCUUCUCCCCCCCCCCCCCCCCCCC